AUGAUGGCUUCUCACUUUCACGGCGUCUUGGAUUCAUGGAUCUAUGGUGUUCCAUAUUUCACCGAGUUGUUCUUGACAAGAUCCUCGGCUCGUCCACGUCUCUUGUUUGCAGUCGAACAACGCAACAGAUUGAGUUUUUACUCGUCGCCUCAGCGUCGAAAUCCAUACAAGAAGCCGUUGUCGUCUCUUGUAGUAUCCGCCGAGUUUCAUACGAAGUUCCCUCCAGACAAUAUGCAGAUGUAUCCUCGUACUGACAGACAGUUUGCAUGUGGUUAUGCCUCUGGUUUGAUAUAUUUCUUUGCUUUGCUGAGCAAAAAGGACGAUAACUAUGGAGUUCCUGCCGUAUGUAACCCUAACACGGGACUCUAUGCGACGUUACCUUAUUUGCAAAGGUACAAAGAGGAUUAUAACUUUUUCGGGUUUGAUCCGAUUGAUAAGCAAUUCAAGGUGUUAUUCAUGGCUUAUCAUCCACGUUGUUCUGAAUGGCGUGAUCAUAGAAUUAUGACAUUAGAUACUGGAAGAAGGAGGUUGUGGAGGAAGAUCAAAUGUCCCUUAACCCAUGAGCCAUGGAGUCAAGGGAUAUGCAUCAAUGGGGUUUUGUAUUACAUAGGUAAAUUAGGUGUGUAUCAUUGGGAGGAUAGAGUUGACGAAAAUGCCAUUGUGUUUAGUGUGCGGGUUCUAGAGGAUUUUGAGAAACCGGAAUGGUCGAAACCUGAAUACACUUUGAGGGAUGACAAGAUCUUCUUUGAUGAGUGCUCCAACGUUUCCAUCAGAGUCGUUGGAAUGAGUGAUGCCGGUGAAAUUUUUUUUUCCAUGUGCUAUUACACAUCUAAACAGCCGUUUUAUGUUUUCUACUUCAAUCCUGAAACGAAGACUCACCAUAGUGUUGAAAUCAAAGGUUUUGGAGAUGACAGUGAAGAGCUUGGGAAACGUUUUGUUUACACCUUUGCAAACCAUGUAGAGGAUCUUAACGUUAACGAUGCAAAGCUACUCAGGUCAAGCAUCUAUGCACCAUAUGUGAAGACGAAAGAAGAAGAAGAAAACUCAGAAGGAGGAGGAGAGGAGGUGAGGAGGAGGACGAGGAGGAGAAGAAGAAGAAGGAGAAACUAG